CAGCUGCAGUGUAGGGAGCGCUGAGCUGCGUCUCCAUGUUCGAGGCUAUCCACCUCCAACGCAAUUAAAAACCUCCCUCGGAAAACCCCGCAUGUGGUUUCCUCCUCCUGCCCUCUCGGCACCUGCAAUGAAGGAAAUGAUCCGUCUGUUCUGAAGUCGCACUGCUCACAGGAGACAUGUGGUCUCGGCUCACUGUCCCCCGCGUCCACUGAAGAUCAGGGAACCGGACCUGUCGAUUGUCCCUGGCAACCCCUGCAGCAUCCUCCAGAAAAAGAAGACAGCAACCCCUUUACUCCUGUUUGUUUGUUAGAUCUCACACGGGACGGCGGCUGAGCGCAGGCGGGAUAAAUGGAUAAUAACGCUGCAAAUUCGGAGAAAUCUCAACUGAUCCACGAGAAGAGUGCCAAAAUGUACUCUCUGAAACUACAAAGCUCCUUCCCAGACUCCAAAGAGCAAUAUCCCGACUUCCACCUGAAGAACGGCGGCAUGGCCGGGGCCAUCGAGCUGAAGCGACCCGUCGGCGCCCACUGCCACGGGGCCAAGGCCUCGGCGUGUGACGCGAGCGGGGACCGGCUGCUGGCCAGGAGGAAGCUCUGCAUCGCCUCGGCCGUGUGCCUCGUCUUCAUGAUUGGAGAGGUCAUAGGAGGCUACCUGGCCCACAGCCUGGCCAUCAUGACGGACGCAGCCCACCUCCUGACGGAUUUUGGCAGCAUGAUGGUGAGCCUGUUCUCCCUGUGGAUCUCCUCCAGACAGCCCACCAAAACCAUGAACUUUGGUUGGCACAGAUCAGAGAUCCUCGGAGCAUUCGUCUCAGUCAUUUCCAUCUGGAUCGUUACGGGGGCGCUGGUCUAUUUAGCCAUCGAGAGGAUCGUACGCAACGACUACGAGAUCGAUGGCCACGUGAUGUUGGUCACCUCCGGGUGUGCCGUCAUCGUCAACAUAAUCAUGGCCUACAUCCUCCAUCACUCCACCACCUUCCACGCCCACGGCGGCGGCUACCACCAGAUCGACGAGGGAGGCCAGAGCCCCGUCGCCCACGGCCACUCCCACACGCUCCUCGGUGGCCAUAGCAACACCAGCGUCCGCGCCGCCUUCAUCCACGUGGUGGGAGACCUGCUGCAGAGCGUCGGCGUCAUGGUGGCAGCGAUCAUCAUCUACUUGCGGCCCGAGUAUAAAGUUGCAGAUCCCAUCUGUACGUUCCUGUUCUCCGUCUUCGUCCUCUGCACCACCGUCACCAUCCUCAGAGACGUCUUCAGGAUACUCAUGGAAGGCUCUCCUAAAGGCAUCGAGUUUAACUCGGUGAAGGAGGUGCUGCUGUCGGUGAAGGCUGUGAAGUCGAUGCACUCUCUGCACCUCUGGGCCCUGACUCUGGGCCAGGCACUGGUCUCGGUUCACCUGGCCAUAGAGGAGGGUGCCGACCCUCAGUCCGUGCUGCAGGAGGCCACCCAUCUGCUCAACACCAAGUUUGGUUUCCACAGCAUCACCAUCCAGGUGGAGCUCUACUCUGAAGACAUGAGCCACUGCUCCCACUGCCAGGACCCCAGUGACUGAUAGGGGACCAGACUGGACCCGACAUCCAGGACCAUGGAGCGGCUCAGGCGUUGUUUUUGCAUUCUCUGUGGGUGAGCUGGAGCAGUCAGAGCUGCACUCGCAAUGCAGCUUCCUGCUAAAGGAGCCAAAAGCGUUUUUUGGUAAAUUUGUUGUAUUGCUCAUUAAGUCACAAGACAGCGAUAUCAUCCAUGCGUUGGUAGUAGCAUUGAACCAAUCCUUCAGUCAGUCCUCCCGUAAAGGUCCUAAAAAUAAAAAAAUAAAAAGGGUUGUAUGGAGCUUUUACCACAUCCUGGGACAGGCGCUGGCUUGCAAAGAAAUCUAUCAAGAAUUUAAAAAAAGAAGUAAGAAAACAAGAGUCCUAAUGUUUUUUUUCCUAAAAGUCAUAACAGUUUUUUUCUAAAAUGUCAGCCUGUCCUAAAAAAUGAUACAACAGAGCCACAUAACCUCCCUCCAUCUCACCUCAUUGACAUUGAAAUUCUGAGCCCAAACAUAAGAUUGCAUUACAGU